ACUGCCCUCCUGUUCACCCUCUUCUUUCCCUCCCUGCAGAUGGCUGCUCCCUUGGAUUGCACUCGGCUCAUCCAGGAGCACCGGGAACUUCUCCUGCGCUGGGUGGAGCCCAACCCAGCUCCUCUGCUCCGCCUACUCCAUGACAGCGGGCUCUUAACGCAGCCAGAGUACUUUUCCCUGCUGGAGACCAACCCCAAGAGCAACCAAGUCAUUGCGCUUCUGGACAGGGUCUGCAGCAAGCCGGAGAAGAGCCGGAAGUUCUUGGACGUGCUAUGGGAAUUGCAGGAGGCCUACUGUCCUGAGCUCCAGCACUGGCUGGAAAAGAGCUGUCCGGAGAAAGGAAAAGGGGGACCUUCUCCAAGUCAGCCAGAGCCUCCUCCCAAAACUCCCAAAAGAGCUUUGCUGAAAUUCUGGAAUUCGAAGAAAUACAAGCUCCCAGCAGUGCCUGCAGAUAAGGAAAAUAGCAACGACCUGACGUUUCGAAGAGCCCUGAGCCGACAACUCAAAGCUGCUUUGCAGAACCACCGCCGCUCCCUGCUGACCCGCACAGAGAAGCUUUGCACCAACGUGGAUGACACUGAAUCCUGUGGCCACAUCGAGAUCCGCUACACUGACCUGCUGCUGUCUGACAGCCCUUGCUCCGCUUCUAGCAGCCACGACUACUUGCACCUGGCCUCUCGCCGUGCCCGCCUCUACUCCCUCCACGCCCCACGCCGCCUGGCUCUGAGCCAGCUUUUCUCGCCGCUCCCUGAGGAGAGCUCCCCACCUCGCCGGGUGAUGCUGAGCGGGGCUGCCGGUAUCGGCAAGAGCGUCGCGGCCCAGAAAAUUGUUCACGACUGGGCGUUGGGCGCGGCCUUCCAAAAGGCCCUUUGCAUGCUAGACUUCUCCUUCCGGGAGCUCAGCCUCAUCAGGACACCCCAGAGCCUUGAGGACCUGAUCCACAGCAAGCAUGUCCACCUGAGCGGGGUUCUCCCCGAGCUGCUAGAUCGGCCUGGGGAACUUCUGGUGAUUUUAGAUGGCCUGGAUGAGUUCCGGCACUCCCUCGAGAGCAAGAACCCCUGUUUCCAAUCGGACCAGCCGGCUCACAUCAAAGAUCUGGUGCACGGCCUCCUCUAUGGGACUUUGCUACCCGAGGCCACCAUUGUGGUCACAUCGAGGCCUUCUGCCGCCCUUCCAGAAGACCUCUUUGACCGCCAUGUCAUUAUCCUUGGCUUCCAAGAGCAGCAGGUAAAGGACUACUUCUUCCGCUUCUUCCGUAACCCGGCACGAGCUGCAGAUGUGCUUGGUUACAUAUCUGCCCACGAGGGCUUAGCCAGCCUCAGCUUCAUUCCCCUCUACUGCUUCAUUCUCUGCACAGCGCUGGGGGAAUUCUUCCCAGGGACAGGGGUGAUGGAGGCCUCCCCACCGAGCACCAUCACCGAGGUCUACCGCCAGUAUUUGAGCACCAUCCUCCGGCUGCGGCGAGCAGGGGGAGCCGGCGGCGCCUUGGAAAAAGCCAAAGACUUGGUGCUGCAGCUUGGCAAGCUGGCCUACGCUGGUCUGCUGAGGGGGAAGGUUGUCUUCUACGCAGACGAGCUGCGGGGUUUCGGCUUUGACCCGGAGAACCUGCCUGGCACUUUCUUGAACCGGAUCUUCUUCAAGGAGAAAGACGAGGUCUACGGCUUCUUCCACUUGACCAUACAGGAGUUCUUAGCUGCGUUGUACUCGGUGGCUAUCUUGGACCCCAGUACUGAGGAGUUAACUUCCUGCCUGGAUCUCUGGUGGGAUGGAGAAGCUCCAGAAGGUGGGCAGGCCGAGAGACUUCUGCCCCCACCAAAUGGACGUGCUGCGGCUGGACUUCUUAGCUACACUAGGGAGUUCCUGAGCGGAGGCCAACAGUGGGACAACCUGCAGAUGUUCUCCAGGUUCUUCAUGGGCCUCUUGAGCUCCAGGAUGCAGGGGAAGCUGGAGAGCUUGGCUGAGGGCCUAACAGGGGACCCCCUUGUGCCUUUGGCAGAGUGGCUGGGGAAGAAAGCUCAGUACGAAUCCGACCGGAAGCUGCUCUCCUUGCUGCAUUGCCUGGCAGAGCUCCACCAGGACUGGGUGACGCAGAAGGUGGCUUCCAACCUGGAUGAAGUGGAUCUGUUCAAGGUGACCUUGAACCCAGCUGACUGUGCAGCCCUGGCCUAUGUCCUGGGCUGCUCGGAGCAUAAGAAGCUACGGAACCUCAACUUGAGCUACAGUAACAUGGGCAUCGGGGGUCUGAGGCGACUCCGGGGGCUUCUCCAUCGGUGUGAGACUCUCCAGUUGCGGUACUGUUCUCUGGACUGUGAGGCAGCAGCCAUAGAAGCUGAAAUACUCAGGUCCCCAAGGUGCCAGGUGAAACGACUUCUGUUUUGUGGGAACUGCCUGGGCUCUGAAGGGGUGAGGGGUUUAUGGGAUGCCCUCCAGGAGAACACUACCCUCGAAGAGCUCUAUCUGGAUAUCACAGGAAUCACAGAUAGCGGCUUGGAUAAUAUUAUGGAUUCCUUGCUAGCCAACAGAACGCUCAGGCUCUUGACCAUUGUGGGGAACCGCUUAAGCAAAGCCGGGAGAGAAGUCCUCUCCGAGUUGAGUCGCAGGAAGCCGGAGCUUAAGAUCAUAAGCAGUUUCCUGUCCGACAUGGGGCUGCUGCAGGCAUAUCUGGACUGGGUGGAAGAGAUCAAAGCGGACCAGGAACAGAUGGAGUCAGUCAAGAAUGCUGAUGCCUUGCGCUCUGUCCUGGAAGUUCUGGAGGAAACAGAAGAUUCGGGAGCCAGCCAGGAAGCUCGGGAAAGAGCUGAGCUACUGAAGAAACAGAUCACUGUCCUCCUGGGGGAGGAGAAAGCAAAAGAAAAUGGGACCCCAUGAUGUCUACUUUGCUUCACCUGUCCUGCAAAUUGAGGCAUCUACUGGGAGGCCAAAGGACACCAUCUCAGCGGGUGUAUUCUGCAAUAUGUUGUGGAUGCAAUAU